AUGUCAGUUAAACCAGAUCACGACACAUGUACAAUAGGAUCUGAAGAGGAGGAGGAGGAGGAGGAGGAGGAGGAGGAGAGAAAGAGAAGGGGUGGGCGUUGGAUAAGACUUGUCUUCCAUGAAGCUUUUCUGACAGCUAUUACUUCACUUCUUGAGAAGUAUGGGAUUGACCCGAAACAAAUUGGUCGGCUUGAAGUGGGCAGUGAGACUGUUAUAGACAAGAGCAAAUCCAUUAAGACAUUCCUCAUGCAAAUUUUUGAGGUCUAUGCUGAGGGACCUACUCGGCCAACUGGAGGAGCUGCAGCUAUUGCCAUGUUAAUAGGGCCUGAUGCUCCUAUUGCAUUUGAAAGCAAAUUCAGGGGAAGUCAUAUGUCACGUGCUUAUGAUUUUUACAAGCCCAACCUUGCUAGUGAAUAUCCGUGA